AUGGCGAGCAACGGUGAGCUGAAGAAUGUCCCGACCAUCAAGGCAUACAAAAAUCCCGAUUGGUUGGGAGCUCCCACUUCGCGACAUAUCAGGAUCAUGUGCGAACUCUAUGAGCCCAUGAAGCGCCUUGACGCACACUCCAUAGACAACUAUUUCAUCAUAGUUGGUUCGCACUUGGUUAUGCACCCAGAGGACCGGGUGAAGCACAUUGCUGGGCUCGAGCAACAGCUGAAGAAGAUUACUUCUGAAGAAGAGGUAGAGGCCGUCCAAGCAAAGUUACGCUUCGCCAAGAAGAUGCAGAACAUGGACAAGUUCUAUUCGAUGGCACUGGAGCUCGGCAAGAAGCUGGGCGAAUGGAAUAAGGAACGUGCCGCCAGUGGCAAACCGUCCUACCACGUCAGCACAGGUGGCGGGCCUGGCAUCAUGGAAGCAGCCAACCGGGGUGCCCAUGAAGCAGGUGAGACCACGCUAGGCUUUGGUGCCAGCAGACCAGAGUGGGGCUCUUUGAACAGGUACGUCUCCGAAGAGGGCGCCUUUGAAUUUCAUUAUUUCUUCAUGAGGAAGUUCUGGAUGGCGUACAAGUGCAUGGGGCUGGUCGUGAUGCCGGGAGGCUUCGGGUCCUUAGAUGAACUCUUUGAGAUGCUGGUGCUUUUGCAAACCAAGAAGAUAACACAUCCGAUGCCAAUUAUAUUGUUGGGCGCAGAGCACUGGAAGAAAGCCAUCAAUUUCGACUAUUUGCUUGAGUGCGGGAUGCUCACGCAAUCACACUUAGAUAUGUUGGUUUUCAAGGACUCAGCAGAGGAUGCGUUCCAGUACUUGGUGGAGUCAGUCCGAAAAGCUGAGGAGAGCGGAGAGACUGAGCAGGUCAGGACUUGGGCCGGUCGAGCUUACACAGAUGAUGAGCUGUCCCGUCGCUUUGAGAGUCAAAGUGGAGGCGAUGAGGGGCUUAUGGACGAAGAGGCGGCCAAAAGGUUGGUGGCCAGAGAAAGUCAGGUCAAGACUUCCUACCUGGAUUUCGGGAACGCGCCUUACACGUUUGAUGCCAGUGGCUCCUCCCCUGUGCAUUUGUUCAUUGACCCGCACUUCCCGAAGCAAGGUGUCCUCGAGCGCUUCGAUGCCACCUCCGGGCGCUGGGAGGUCUCCGCCACCCGCCACGGCACGCACCCCAGCCUUCAAGAGGAACGCUUUGCAAUAAGGUUGGGCGCUGUUAUACCGGAUGGUGCAGAUGUGGUGCUGGCAGCGAACGGCCGGCAGAAGGCAGAGGUCGUGAGAGGCCCAGAGUCCUUGACUGGGACAAGAGACUCGAUUGCAGCUACCGUGGCUCGAUUGGUGUUGAGGUGUGCAUGGAUGUGGGUGGCUCAAGAGACUUACUCUUUGGCUCUUUGUUCCCCGGAAGAUGCUUUUGAGGUGCGGCCGCUGGCAGGACAAAAGGGCCUCACCUGUGGUGUUGACACCAAUGCCGGAGCAAAGGACGGGCAGACGCUAUUGAUGAGAAUGAUAUUUAUCAUCGUUUCCAUGCACCAUGCAGGCAUCGAACUUGAUUGUAACUUUCAGAUGUGCUUUUCUGCCGGCCUUGAUGGAUGUCUGGUUCAGGAGAGGAAUGAUGACCGCAUUGCAGCGCAAGACCUGCAUGAGCUCGGGUUCUUGACAGGCAUCUUUGACGGCCAUAGAGGUGGUUCCUGUGCUGAGUUUGCGGCCAAGCAGGUCCCGGCCAACGUGCUUUCUGCGUACAGGACACGGGCGAAACGCGAAGGGAGCUUAGUGAAGCUUUCGGCUGAGAAGGAGGCAGCUCUCAUUGCGGACUCGCUGGUGGACAGCUUUGAGGCUUGGCUGCAGGCUGCGAAGAAGAAAGAUGCCCAAGAGGGCUCCACAGGCAUUGUCACCCUGGUGUCUCAUGGCUUCACAGCCCCAGUGCAGGCAGUUGCGAAGCUGUUUGUGGCGUGGGCCGGUGACUGUCGAGCAGUUCCCACGUCGCCGCGCAGCCUCUCUGAGCUUUGGCCCAUGGAUCGAACGCCCGCGCGAUCUGGCCGGACCUCACGGUACGCCUUGGAAGAGACGCCCGGAAAGGUGACCAGAGCGACCAAGCGCCCUGGGUGGACAGAUUCCGAAGAACAGCCGGGUGGACGGAUUGUGAAGGAGUCCGAAGGGCAGCACAAGCUUCCUGUGAAGGAGCUGAAACUUGCAGAGCCACAAGUGUCAGGCAAAGUUACAGAAGGCUCCAAGAGUGCCGAUGAGGUCCUGAAGCUGACGAUCCAAGAAGGUCCUGAAGGGCCGACGUUCCAGAUGGAUGGCAAGACCUACCGGGUAACAGACAUGGCCGCGAUGCUUGAAGUGGGAACCAUUAGUUGCUCUACCAGCACGAAGAGAAUGAGCCUUGCUGAGUUCAAGCGGCAACGAGCCCAAAGCAAGAAGUCAGAGGCUGCAAUUGAGAAAGCUGGUGGCCUGGUAGUCCGCGACGCGCACAAAGUGUGGCGUGUUGGGCAGGGCACUUGGAAUAUUUCUGCACUGGCCUCAUCUCCCCUCUUCUUCAACAUUUUAGCCACAGGUUCCUCUCCACAUGCAGAGGAUUUGGAGAUCCCACCUUCAAGCACCCGGAUCCGAUUGCUGGGGGCCUUCGAUCCAGACAGAGACACAGUGCCUGAGGACUGGGCUUACAUGAUUGGCAGUGAUGGCAUCUUCGAUGCCCUUUCCGACCAGGCUGGGCAAAGCUACCAGGCUGCCAAGGAGGUGGUCAGUGCAGCCCUUCGCAAGGGGAGCCGCGCCUUGCCUCACACUAGCCGAGGUUUGUCCAACGUGUGUUUGGUGCCCCAAGUUUGGAGUACCAGAGUGCCAGUCCCAAUGACGGCCGAGAAGGCCAAGGAGGCCACGAAGAAAGGGAAGGAACCUUUCACACAGCAGUUUGAGCUGAAGGAUGUUUUCCCCCACUUCUGCGACCGGAAGACCAAGUUGCUGGAUCUCUCUAGCGCCCCCUAUGUUCUGAGGGCGAUGGGGCUCACGAUCUACAGUGACGAGGAAAAGGGGAUACGCGAGCAGUUGGAGAAGGUAGAUGGCAUGGGCAAGCCGGUGUCCUUGAAGACAAUGCAAGGUUGGGUGGAGGAGCAUGGAAAGAACUAUGUGAAAUCCUAUGAUGAUGCCUAUUCAGCAGUGGGGACGCUGUGCCAUGAAGGCAUCAUUGGGGACAAGUCUGGUCGAAUUCAGGUCCCCUUCCUCCGCCACUUGGUCAGCGAAGUUGGUGACAAGAUCAAAGCCGACACGUUCGACAAGAUCAUGAAAGGAGGCGAUUCAGCAGUUGCAGUGGGCAUCAAGGGUGACAGCUGCUCAUUGGACGAAUUCCUCACCUUCCUCCAGAAGUGA